CUAGGCGUUGCUCUGCUAAGAGCUCCUUCAGUAAAUUCACUAAUACCUUAAGACACCCAGGCCAAUUAGCUUAAAUUGUUUUAACAGCUUGAUUGAUAAAUUGUCAUGAAGUUCCAAACGGGGCGAUGAAGCCAAUUAAUUAGGAGAGAAGUGGUGCCCGCAGCCGCGGAGGCCGCCCCCUCCUGGCCACGCGCCCCUCCCGUCUCGCUCGGCCCGCCUCGGUGCAGGCGGCCCCAGGGCCCGGCGAGGGCAGAGCCGGCCAGGCCGAGCUGAGCGCAGGAGCCGGCGGGGGCGGCUGCGUGUCGGCGAUGCGGCUGGCCGGGCCCGGGAUGCGCCCAGGCGGCGGCGGCGGCGGCGGCGCAGGCAAUGGCGAGGCCUGCAGCCCUGCGUCCUCCGGGAAGACGGGCCGAAGGUCCCGGCUGCAUCGCGGAGGAGGACGGGCGCCGGGACGGGCGCCGCGGCCUGGGCAGGCUUAUCUGCUCUGGGCCUCUCUCAACGUGUGUUGCUCAUCUGUGAGUUGAGGCACUGACUCCCUUCCCACUGGGUAUUUUUGGAGAACAGCAGGAAGAGAGAUUUCUCUCUGAAGAUGAACUCAACAGACCCCUUUCAGGAUGUGCCCAACACCACCGCCUCGCAGGCACCGCACUUGCAGGGAGGCAACAGCACAGCUGUCCGGGAGGAGCUCCAGGACCUCAUCCACACAGCCACUCUGGGGACCUGCACGCUUCUGCUUGCCGUUAUCUUCUGCCUGGGCUCCUACGGUAACUUCAUUGUCUUCUUGUCCUUCUUUGAUCCAACUUUCAGGAAAUUCAGAACCAACUUUGACUUCCUAAUUCUCAAUCUGUCCUUCUGUGAUCUCUUCAUUUGUGGGGUGACAGCCCCCAUGUUCACCUUUGUGCUGUUUGUCAGCUCAGCCAGGGCCAUUCCUGAUGCCUUCUGCUCUACCUUCCACCUCACCAGCUCAGGCUUCAUCAUCAUGUCCCUCAAGACAGUGGCAGUGAUUGCCCUGCACCGGCUCCGGAUGGUGCUGGGGAGGCAACCUGACCGCACAGCCUCCCUUCCCUGCACCUUGGUCCUCACUCUGCUACUCUGGGCCACCAGUUUCACGCUUGCCACCUUGGCGACCCUGAAAACCAGUAAGUCCCACCUCUGCCUGCCCAUGUCCAGCCUGAUGGCGAGAGAAGGGCGAGCUAUCCUUUCUCUCUACGUGGUUGACUUCACCUUCUGUGUUACUGUGGUGUCUGUAUCUUAUAUCAUGAUUGCUCAGACCUUGCGGAAGAAUGCGCAAGUUAGAAAGUGUCCCCCCAUCGCCACCAUGGAUGCUUCCAGGCUGCAGCCUUUCAUGCGUGGCCCUGUGAAGGUGGAUGGAGACGCCCUCCAGUGUACCAUGCCGGCUCUAUACCGGAACCAGACUUACAACAAACUGCAGCACGUUCAGACUCAUGGGUACAGCAAGAGCCCCAAACAGCUGCGAACCCCUGCAGCCAGCCGGCUCCAGCUGGUCUCAGCCAUCAACCUGUCCACUGCCAAGGAUUCCAAAGCCGUGGUCACCUGCGUGAUCAUAGUGCUGUCCGUCCUGGUGUGCUGUCUUCCGCUGGGGAUUGCCUUGGUGCAGGUGGUUCUGUCCAGCAAUGGGAGUUUCAUCCUUUACCAGUUUGAACUGCUUGGAUUUACCCUUAUAUUUUUAAAAUCAGGGUUAAACCCUUUUAUAUAUUCUCGGAACAGUGCAGGGCUAAGAAGGAAAGUGCUCUGGUGCCUGCAGUACAUGGGUUUGGCUCUUUUCUGCUGCAAACAAAAGACUCGACUACGAGCAGUGGGUAAAGGGAACCUUGAAAUCAACAGAAACAAAUCUUCCCAUCAUGAAACAAACUCUGCCUAUAUGUUAUCUCCAAAGCCACAGAAGAAAUUUGUGGACCAGGCUUGUGGCCCAAGUCAUUCAAAGGAAAGUGUGGCAAGUCCCAGGGUCUCAGCUGGACAUCAACACUGUGGUCAGAGUAGCUCAACACCCAUCAACACUCGGAUCGAACCAUACUACAGCAUCUACAACAGCAGCCCUUCCCAGGAGGAGAGCAGCCCGCAAAACUUACAGCCAGUCAACUCCUUUGCAUUUGCCAAUUCAUACAUCGCCAUGCAGUAUCACACCACUAGUGAUUUAAUACAGGAGUACGAUAGCACCUCGGCCAAGCAGAUUCCGAUCCCCUCUGUCUAAAGUCAUGGAAGCUGAAGAGUCUUGCAUAAUUGGUUUUUAUUUCUAAUACCAAUUGAAUAUUAAAAAGUUUUUGAGAUCAGCAGCAGAUCACUGCUUAAAAAUUCAGCUAAAGAUUUGGCAGAUCAAGAUUUUUUUGUCUAAAGUAUUGGUCUUGAUUUGCUUUAUAAUUUCUUGACAUUUUUAGAUUAUUUAAAUUUUCACCCUGACUUAUCACCCAGUCUUUUGUAUUGAACCUUUAAAUCGAUGCUAGAAAUGAACACUAUGACAAGCAGUCCAUUGAGGGAGCAUUAUGAGUCUUCAGAGUAAAUACUGGCUGGAUUCUUAGUUUUGAGAGUCUUUAUGGGUGAGUGGUUUGUGUUGUUUUGUUUGGUGCUUGGGAUUGAACCUCAAGCCUCAUGCAUGCUAAGCAUGCGCUUUGCCACUGAACUACACCCCCUCAGCUCUGGCCAGAUUUUUAAAAAAGAAUUUUAAGGUUUGGUUUUUGCUAGGAUGUUAUUUUUAUAAAACUGUAAAAUUUGAUUAUUUGAGCUACUGAAAUAAAUAAUAAUUCACUUUUUUAGUAGCAGAUUGAUUUGAACAAUAAUAUAUUGUUAAUCAGAAAACCAGAAAUAGAUUUCCUACGCUUCUGUUCUUACCCAAAAUAUUCAAACAGGCGGUAUGUAUUUUCCUUUAAUAAGCAGGCAACCAAGGAAAUAGUAGUACAGUAUUAUGGUUGUGUGCCAGCUUUCCUUUCCUUCUGUUUUUUUCUUUUCUUUUCUUUCUUUUUACAGUACUGGGGAUCAAACCCAGAGCUUUAUGCAUGCUGAGUAAGUGUUCUACAGCUGAGGUACAUCUCCAGCCCUGCUGUUUCUUAUUAGAGACAUUUUUAUUUUGUGUCAGUUUAUUAAAAGGAAGCUGUUUUUGCUUGUUAUGAUCUUGGAAUGAUCUUAUCAAGACUCCUAGAGUGGAGGACAGCCUCUGUAGCAGAGGGUUUUAUUCUGAAGAGCAGGUGCUAUGUGGUCGUCUUAGGAAAGAGUGUUUAUAGUUGGGGACUACUGUCAUGCAUUAAGAAAUCUUUAUUUUUGUCUAGAAAGGCACAAGAUGAGAUUGGGAGGAUUUUAUGUUUUCCUUCUAUAUGAGGCAAGUUUAUUAACUGCUCGACAGUACUUAAAUAACUCUCCAGAAAUGACUCACUUUUGUGUUUAUUUAUAUAUUAUUAAGGUAGAAAAAUUCCCAAGGUGAUCUAUAUUCAAACUUUUAUUUUUCUCCCAUAGUCUUAAACUGGAAAUAAGCAAAAAGACUAAAUAUUUCCAUACCUGAAACUAAUUUUAUUAUAUUGUCUGUGAUUUCUAGGGUAACAACCUUGAACUCACAUAUUCUUAAUGUAAAAGUAUUUUCAUUAUCCAGGAUUUGAACUCACUAGCAUUUUGGAACUAUAACUCUUAGACUCAAUCAUCAAGAUACAAAACCUAUCUUUAUAAACUAUGAUAUCCAAGAAUUAUUACUGCACAUCAAAAGGUACUUUGUUCCUUUGAAUGAAAGGCAGUCAGUGCGCAGAGCCCUCCCAGGUUGUGCCCAGCUCUGGAGCCCAGCAGGCCUGAGGAAGACUCUGCGCAGCCUCCCUGGCAGCUCUUACCGUCCAGGCUUCAGCAGUCUUUCUGUUUCUGAAACUUCAGUGUGAGGCGUAGGCUUUAUUUUGUUAUUAAAUUCACCUUGUAAGGCUUUCCUCUGUCCCUCCCUUCAGUCUUUCCCUUUCUUCUUUUAUUUUUGCUAUUAAAUUUUGUAACCAGAGAACAUAAUCACUGUCUCUCACAUUUUUUUGUAAUUGAAAGCUGUUUUUGGAAAUCACUACUGCCUGUUUCAAUUGUGGUUUUGUAUUUUUAAUAUAAGUGUUCUCAUUUUUUAAUAUUCCAUUAUGGUAUAUUACUUUCCUUUAAUAAAAAAUUCAGAAGUAUAAUACCCUGUCCCACGAUCAUUCAAAGAAUUGUGGCAAAUUAAGAAUUAUACUUUUGCCUUUAAUUCAAAACCUAGCAUUUAUUACAAUAAGCCAAACAACUUUAUAAUUAAUAACAUUGAUCAAGAAUAUAUUUCAUACUUUUUAAGAUGUAUAUAAAUAUAUAUGUAGAUUGAUGGCUAGAUAGAUAUUUUUGGACAGGCAAUUCAAAUGUGAUUUAAUAAAAAGUUAUAACGAAAGUAAUUUCUACUUUAAAAUUUUACAUGUCAGAUUUCUUCUGUGACCUUUGAGUCUGAGAUGAUUUGAUCAGCGUGGGGCCCAUGUUUGGGAGGUAAAAAUUAUAGCAUAAGAAAACUAAGCAUGUACAUACACAGUAUUAAGUCUCUUUAUGCUUGUUAAGAACUUACUGAUUUGCAUGAAAUGCAUAGUGGGCUAGGUUGUUAGUUCCCCUCCAUAUUUACAUUUAUGUAGACAUAACUUGUCUCUUCACAAGUUGUAUAUGUUUAUCUAUACAUAUAGCCACAUGGGUAUGGCUAGACAUAUGUAACUUGUUUCUUCAUAAGGGCUACAAUGAGAACUAAAAGUAAUGAGAAUUUUGUUGAAUGUGAUUAAUUUGCAGGGUACAAUGAUUAGUUCUCUGGCUGCUUUACUGUGAUGCAAAAGUAUGUGAUGUCUUUAAAACGUUUUAUAAUUGUUCUUAUGUUAACAGGCCAGAUUUGUAUUUCUGAUGCUUUUAAUGUACUUUUAAAAUAAAGUUUGGAAAAUAAAAAUAUGGAAAACCCUAACAUCUUAAA